AUGGAUGGGCCAGAAAAAGCCCCGGGCGCAAGCUCCGAUGAUAUUCAGUUCGACACUGAAAGUGCCAUGACGAUCAUGGGCGACGAAUCUCCUGGCAAGGAGAGCUCCAACCUCAAAGGAAAUGACUGGGGCAUGAUGGCCAAGCUCCAGGAGGAGAAUGAUCGCAAUCUGGCUGCUGGAUUCAAAAGGCAGGAACUUGGCAUUACUUGGCAGAAUCUCUCUGUGGAAGUAAUAAGCUCAGAGGCCGCUGUGAACGAGACUGUUCUCUCCCAGUUUAAUAUCCCAACCAAAAUCAAAGAAGGCCGACGAAAACUUCCUCUACGGACCAUCCUCAACAAGAGUCAUGGCUGCGUCAAGCCCGGUGAAAUGUUGCUGGUGCUGGGCCGUCCCGGCUCUGGUUGCACGACGUUACUGAAAAUGCUCGCCAACAGACGCGGGGGAUACAAAUCAGUUCAGGGCGAUGUUCGCUUUGGAUCUAUGGACCCUAAGGAGGCUGAAAAGUUCCGGGGCCAGAUUGUGAUGAACACCGAAGAAGAGAUUUUCUUCCCAGCCUUAACUGUUGGUCAAACCAUGGACUUCGCAACCCGCCUCAAGGUGCCCUUUCACCUGCCAGACGGUAUGACAGCCUCGGAAUACCAGCAAGCAUCGAAAAAGUUCCUCCUCGAAUCUGUCGGCAUCUCUCACACCGAGGACACUAAGGUCGGUAAUGAGUACGUUCGUGGAGUUAGUGGUGGUGAACGUAAGCGAGUUUCUAUCAUCGAAUGUAUGGCCACUCGAGGAUCCGUCUUCUGCUGGGAUCAAUCGACCCGCGGUCUUGACGCCUCUACCGCCCUGGAAUGGACAAAAGCUAUCAGAGCUAUGACUGACACACUCAACCUGUCAACCGUGGUUACUCUCUACCAGGCUGGUAACGGUAUUUACGAUCUGUUCGACAAAGUCCUUGUGCUUGAUGAAGGAGAGCAGAUCUUCUACGGCACCAGAGAGCAAGCCAGGCCAUUCAUGGAGGAAGCCGGAUUCUUCUGCCGCGAAGGUUCCAACAUCGCCGACUACCUCACUGGUGUCACCGUCCCCACCGAGCGCAGAAUUCGAGAUGGUUUCGAGAACCGCUUCCCACGAAACGCAGAGGCGCUGAGAGCCGAGUAUGAAAAGUCACCUAUCUAUACUGAAAUGGUAGCGGAAUACUCUUACCCAGAUUCUGAGCUCGCGCGCGAACGGACUGAGGAGUUUAAACAAGGCGUGGCCUUUGAAACCUCCAAAAGCCUACCCAAAAACAGCCCCUUCACCGUUGGCUUUGUUGACCAGGUUAAGAUUUGUGUGCAACGUCAAUACCAAAUCCUUUGGGGAGACAAAGCUACUUUCAUCAUCAAGCAGGUAGCAACACUGUGCCAGGCCUUGAUUGCCGGCUCUCUGUUCUAUAACGCCCCUGAUAACUCAGGUGGACUGUUCAUCAAAUCCGGUGCCCUCUUCUUCUCUCUUCUUUACAACAGCUUGCUCGCCAUGAGUGAAGUCAACGAGUCCUUCUCUGGAAGACCCGUAUUGAUUAAGCACAAAGGAUUCGCUUACUUCCACCCGGCCGCCUUCUGUCUUGCUCAAAUUGCUGCGGACAUACCUGUAUUGCUCUUCCAAAUUUCCAUGUUUGGAUUGGUUCUUUACUUCAUGGUUGGACUUUCAAUGUCCGCGGGAGCGUUUUUCUCCUACUGGAUUAUCGUGUUCGCAACGACAAUGGCUAUGACUGCUCUUUUCCGAGCCGUGGGCGCUCUCUUUUCUACCUUCGAUGGAGCCUCUAAAGUUUCCGGUUUGCUCAUCAUGUGUACCGUUUUGUAUACCGGUUACAUGAUCCCAAAGCCUGCAAUGCACCCGUGGCUCGGCUGGAUCUUCUGGAUCGAUCCGCUUGCCUAUGGAUUCGAGGCUUUGCUAAGCAUUGAAUUCCAUGAUAACAAGGUCAUUCCAUGCGUUGGCACGAAUCUGAUCCCCAAUGGUCCCGGAUAUGAAAAUGUCCAGGCAUUCCAAUCUUGCGCCGGUGUGGCUGGUGCGAUCCAAGGCCAGAACUAUGUGAUUGGUGACAACUACCUAGCAUCGAUGUCGUACAGUCACUCGCAUGUUUGGCGUAACUUCGGCAUCAACUGGGCUUGGUGGGUUCUGUUUGUUUUCGUUACCAUCGUCGCAACUUCGAGGUGGCAGUCACCCUCCGAGGCCGGUAGUACGCUGGUCAUCCCUCGUGAAUACCUACACAAGCACAUCAAAAAUCAGCAAAAGGAUGAAGAAGGCCAGAGUUCACAGAAGCAGGUUUCUCAAACCAAGGAUGAGGCCCCGAAACUUGACAACCAGUUGGUCCGCAACACCUCAGUCUUCACGUGGAAGAAUCUUUCAUACACAGUUCAAACACCAAGCGGUGACCGGCUCCUCCUUGACAACGUCCAUGGAUGGGUCAAACCUGGUAUGCUCGGUGCUUUGAUGGGUUCCUCUGGUGCCGGAAAGACAACCCUACUCGAUGUGCUCGCCCAGCGUAAAACCGAAGGAACUAUCAAUGGUUCUAUCAUGGUUGAUGGUCGCCCACUACCCGUCUCGUUCCAACGCUCAGCCGGCUAUGUGGAGCAGUUGGAUAUCCACGAACGUAUGGCCACGGUUCGGGAAUCGUUGGAGUUCUCUGCCCUAUUGCGCCAACCUGCUACGACUCCCCGCGAAGAGAAACUUGCUUACGUAGAUGUCAUCAUCGACUUGCUCGAGCUCCAUGAUCUUGCUGAUACCAUGAUCGGAAGUGUCGGAGCUGGAUUGAGUGUCGAACAGCGCAAGCGUGUUACCAUCGGAGUCGAACUGGUUUCCAAGCCUAGUAUUCUCAUCUUCCUCGACGAGCCCACCAGUGGUCUUGAUGGCCAGAGUGCGUACAACACCGUCAGAUUCCUCCGCCGUCUUGCAGAUGCUGGCCAGGCCGUACUCGUCACCGUGCAUCAACCGUCCGCCCAGCUUUUCGCCGAGUUCGAUCAGCUUCUUCUUUUGGCCAAAGGUGGCAAGACUGUUUACUUCGGUCCCAUUGGAGAAAAUUCGCAGGGUAUUAAGAGCUAUUUCUCGCGCUACGGAGCCCCCUGCCCGACUAACACCAACCCUGCUGAGCACAUGAUUGAUGUCGUUUCGGGCCAACUGAGUCAGGGCAGAGAUUGGAACAAGGUCUGGUUGGAGUCGCCUGAGCAUAACGCCAUGCUCAAGGAGCUCGACGAGAUCAUUGACACUGCUGCAUCUAAGCCCCAAGCUACCACCGAUGAUGGUCGGGAGUUUGCUACUACCCUCUGGGAGCAGACCAGUCUCGUUCUGAAGCGUACCUCUACAGCUUUGUACCGAAACAGCGACUACAUUAACAACAAGUUUGCUCUCCACAUCUCAUCGGGCUUGUUCGUUGGAUUUAGUUUCUGGAUGAUUGGUGACUCGGUCGCGGAUCUUCAGAGUGUCCUAUUCUUCAUCUUUAAUGCCAUCUUUGUCGCUCCCGGUGUGAUCAAUCAACUGCAGCCUACCUUCCUUGAACGUCGCGAUCUGUUUGAAGCACGCGAGAAGAAGGCCAAGAUGUACUCCUGGAAAGCAUUCACUAUCGCCUUGGUUGUCUCAGAGUUCCCAUAUCUGGUUGUGUGUGCCGCUCUCUUCUUCAACUGCUGGUAUUGGACGGCCGGUAUGACAGUCGACUCCAGUAAGAGCGGCAGCAUGUUCUUCGUCUUCUUCCUCUACGAGUUCCUCUACACUGGAAUCGGUCAAUUUGUCGCUGCCUAUGCACCGAACGCCCAGAUGGCAGCUAUGAUCAAUCCUCUAGUAUUGGGAACAAUGAUCUCUUUCUGUGGUGUCUUGGUCCCAUACGCUCAAAUCGUCAGUUUCUGGCGGUACUGGAUGUACUGGCUCAACCCAUUCAACUACCUGAUGGGCAGCAUGUUGGUCUUCGGACUCUUUGAUCGCGACGUCAAGUGCAAGGAUCAAGAAUUCGCCAUGUUCAAUACACCGAAUGGACAAACUUGCGGUGAAUACUUGAGCGAUUUCAUGCAGACUAUUGGCUCACGUAUGAACCUCAUCAAUCCCGAUGCUACCGAAGGCUGCCGUGUGUGUCAAUACACCUAUGGAUCCGAUUAUCUCACCACCAUCAACCUGAAGGAUUACUAUUAUGGCUGGAGAGACACGGGCAUUGUGGCUCUGUUUGUGGUCAGCUCAUAUGGCCUCGUCUUUGCUCUCAUGAAAUUGAGAACCAAGGCAUCCAAGAAGGCCCAGUGA